AUGAAAUUGAAUGUUGAGGGAGCUAAGAGCAAAGAGGAAGCUAAAGAAGAGGAUGAGGAUAUGCAAGAUCAGGAGAAGGAUGUGGCUAAGAAGGAUCUUAAAGUUGGUAAGAAGAAGGGGAGGAUCCACGAGGUUCGGUACAUGGAUGAUACUAUAGGUCACGAACUCAGUCAAGAUGAGUCAGGUGUUGAGGAAGAUGGGGAUGUAGAAGAAGAAGGUGAUGAGAAUGAUGAAAUGACUAUUGAAACAGUGCUAGAUAAGAAGAAAAGGAAUGGAUCAAAAACUGACAAAGAGGUUGUUAGUGAGCUGAAUAGUGAGAAAAAAAUUGAAGAAGGCGGCGAAGAACAAGGACAAAAUCCCUCUCACUUGCCCCCCAGUUGCGACUCCGAACUCUUCCCCUCCUCCCUCUGUCGAGAAAAAGAGAACGCCGAUGAAAGGAGGGAGUUGGACGCCUUUAAACCAGAAGCUAUGAGGGAAGCCAAUGAGGACGCAAGCUGCCGACAAGAACCAAAGAGGAGGAAAGCUGAGCCAGGGAAUAAGUACGCAACUAGAGGGAAGACGAGUUUGGGGAGCGAUGCAGAUAGAUCAGUGGAGAGGAGAGUAGAUUGA